UGAGGCGCAAGAUUUGGUUCGAAGGUCAUUUUGUAACAGUGAGUAUGUCUUGCUGGACAUGAAAGUAAACUUGUACCUUCGUUUCUUCUCGUUAACUGGUGAAAGUAAUAUAAUUGGGAGCGCACUUCUGGAAAGUCACAUAUAAUGAUGUAAUAUGUUUUGGAGCGCUCUCCAACCUGUAAAUAAUUAAUUUGCGUGCGUCUGGCUCUCGAUUGCCGUGCUUUCAAAGUUCUUUCAGUGACAAUGAAGAACAAUCAUUCUCCUGAAUGCCCUGAUUGUUCCGAUGAGAUUUGGCAACCACGUAACCAAACUACCCUAGAAUGUUCUGAACUUCCUGUAACUACUCGAUAUACAGAAGUCGUAAAUAGGACUUCAAGUUUACCCUUUCCUUCAAAUGGUUUGUUGAUUGGUGAAGAUUCUUCCCUGCCUGUUGUUGAAGAUAAUAUAUCUAUAAGUCAAGAUAGGACUACUGCUAAUUUACAGAAGGCAAAAAAUGUACGACAGAGUUUACGAUCAUUCCUACGCAAAGCCACUAGUUUGAAGGAUUCUCGUUCGAAUUUAAAUAUCGACUGUUCUGUUAUCGGUCUUGAUGGAAGAUGCUUCAGGUUUAGUUUGUGUAAAUUCGCUUUGGGGCGUGAGCUUUUUGAUUUGGUUUGCCAGUGUCUAGAGUUAGAAGAGUCACAGUACUUUGGUUUGGCGUACUAUUUAAACCAUUCAGCUACAAGAAACUCUAUGGUGGGAACUCAUCAAGAUGAACAAGAUAGUUCUGACUCAUCGUUUCAUCUGUCUUCCUCUUCGAUUGAUAAAUCUUACUUGACUAAAUUUUGUGGUUUCUCCAUGACCAACUCGUCCAAUCCUUGUAAAAUGUACUCGAAUGAUACAACAUAUCCUGGCUUUAAUCCCUUUUUCAUUGACGUUCCUUUUUGGCUAGAUGUAGAAAAAAGAAUAACGGAUCAAUGUCAUGGUUCUAAAUUGAUAUUUUACUUCCAAGCAAAAUUUUAUCCACAACACCCUGAUCUUGUUUUUGACUGUCCUAAGUCCAGAUAUCAAUUUUGUCUUCAGUUAAGGCAUCAUUUAAGUAUUGGACGACUCUUAUGCUCAUUUGAAACUCACGUAAUAUUGGGAGCAUUGAUAGCUCAAAUGGAUCUAGGAAAUGCUGUGAAACAUCGGCGAUCUCGUAGUAGUCAUUCAAGUUGUCAGUCCAAUCCAUAUGUUGAAUCAACAUCGCCUGAUUUUUCACGUCGACAGUCAACUUCCCCAGCUCGAAGUUUUUUAUCCGAACGUAGAUGUAGUUUAGCUCAACCUGAACAUAGUGAUGAUAGUAUUAUAUGGGAUGCACGUGUUGAUAAUCAGUCCAAAAAAGAUAAGCCUUGUUCAUCUUCUGUUGGGAAUAAAGCCAGCACAUGCAAUCACAUUGGUUGUAGUUGUUCUACACAACAGAUAGAUAAUAUCAGUAUAAUGUAUUUACAAUGUUUACCACACUUAGCUAGAGGAUCCGUUACUUCAUCAUCCAUUCAACAUAGUACAAACAAUAUAUCAAACGGUAGCAGACCAAGUCUAUUGUCAUCUACGUUAAACAAUAUUGAAAAUGUAUUGUUAUCACCAGUAAAGCAAACUUUUAGCCCUGGAUGGGCUUAUCCAAAAUCUGAUUGUCGUUAUUGUCCUGUGCUUCUAUCACGUAUUGCUCGAUUACACCGGCAUCUUAGGGGUAUGUCUCAAAAAGAUGCAGAAAUAUCAUUUUUAAAGAACGUAAAGAAAUUGUCAUUUUAUGGUGUAGAAUUACAUCCAAUAAAGAAGUUUCACGCUAGUUAUGUUUCAUCUGGAUCUUUUAAAAAUAUAACAAAGAAAUUGGCCAAUUCAUUUUCUACUCGUUCUCGAACUAGUUCAGUUGAAUCUUAUCAUAAUUUUAUUGAUACUUCAAGUAUUGGUUCUAAUCAGUUACUUAACUUGAACAGUACACACAAUUCAUUAUCUAUAUCUGGUUUGAAAUCAUCCCUACGACGAAUGUUCAGUGUUAAAUCUCAAGAUCAACCAUUAUUUCCUUUUUCAUUUAAUGAUUUUCCGAACUUCGAUUUUUCUUUGGGAGUAUAUUUUGCUGGUUUAUUUCUUCAAUGGGGUCAUAUACGUUUAUCACAUUAUACAUGGUCUCGGAUUGUGAAAAUAUGCUUUUAUUUAGAUGAAUUUUGUUUAGUUGUGAAAAGUAAUCAGAUUAAAUCUUCAUCAAGUCCUCGUAUUUUACUGAAGUGUAAAUUUGCCUUCCAAAAACUAGCCAGACGUUUCUAUAGAGCAUGUGUUGAACAUCAUAUGUUUUUUAAGAUCCACUGCAAACGCUUAUUAAAUUCAAACAUUAAUAAGCGAGAAUCUUAUAAACCUGAACCCAUCAUUUUACCUGUAAAUCAUACAUUACAUGUAAAUAAUGAAUUAUUGAAUCCUUCAGUAUCUAUAAAUGGCCCUUGCAGUAUUAAAUUAUUGUCUAUGAGUAAUUUACAAUCACCUAAACUACCAGUCACACCUACACGAUCAGAAUUUGAACUGGAUCAUUUACAUUCAUCAAACCCACAAUUAAAUAAUUGUGAAUUUCCUGAACAUUCUACAGAACGUGUACAUACUCCUCAGACAGAUUCGAAAUCUCGAACGGAUAUGGAUUCACUUAAGAAGACCUAUUCGAAUGACCAUUUACUCUUACCAUGUACUUCUAAUGAACUGUCGACACGAAGUGCUUCAUUUACUCAUUUGGAUAAUUAUUCAGUUGCUCAUAUUCCCAGUCCAAUUGAAUGUUCUAGUCGUUUAGAUAUUUUAAAUUCUUCUGUAAAUGAGGAUAAUAUUGAUGAUAGAUGUAGAUCUGCAAAUAUUCCAUCAUAUGAUUGUUUACAAAUUUCAGACGAUCGAAAUUCAAAUCCUUUCGAUUGCUUGUGUCGUAUUACAUCAACUCAAAAUGAUAUACAUUCAUCAUUUAAUAUAAAUGAUAACCCCAUUAUUGAUUCAGUGCCCACAUAUUCCGAAAAUCCAAGCUUUAAACCAUCUAUUGAUGAUACCUGUCAACCUCUUCUUGCUUGUGAAAUUCCUAAUCUACUACCCACUUUUAUUCCUAUAAAUUGUGCCUUGACAAAUCCAAUGGAAGAAUAUUUACCCACUGAUAUACUUCAUUGUUUAUCACCGCAGCAUAUUUCGAAUGAUUUUUCACAGAUUGAACUGAUGAGACCUACUGAUUCAUUAUGGUGUUGUAAUCUGCUUUCAUCUGUUGACCUGAAUUCAUUAAACAAAAUUAUUGCACCAUCAUACUCAUCGGUUAUUUCUUCUAAUGGUGAAAUUAUUCGCUUGGACCCUUCUACAAAUAAUAAUAUUUCUAAGUCUUCAAUGUCUUCUCUUGUUCCAUGCGACUUUUUCCGCUGGAACUCAAUUGAAAAACAGGCUGUAUAUCAUUCAAUACCAAUAGUUCGAACACGUACUAUCCGAUUUAUUCUUGAUCCAUCAAUACAGAUUAAUGAGUAUAACACUUUUAACCAUACAAAAAUUCAUAUUGUACAUGGUACUAAUAUACCAUUAGUUCCAACUAGAUCAUUUUACCAUCAUUAGUCAGUUAUUAUUAUUAUCAUUAGUUAUUAAGUGUUAUUUCCUAACUGAAUUCUUCUAAGUACUAUUCUUUUUGUUUCUUUCUCUCUUAUCCAUUUUUUUUUCUGUUGUUGAUACAGUUUGAUAUUAUUUCAAUUUUGAUCAUUUUUCUUUCGACCCCACAUUAUUGGUUCGUUUCUUUUUCCUAAUUGCAUUUUGACUGUACGAAGUAUAUAUAUAUAUUGUAACCAUAUUUUCUAUCUUUUCAAAAUUAGUUUUGUUAGUCUCUAUGCCUAUCCUUUGUUGUUGUUGUUGUUGUUUUGUUUAGUUAACGAUUAUGUGGACAAAGAAGAACAUUAAUCAAGAAUACUUAUUAUUAUUAUUAUUCGGAUGGAUUAUUUCUUUUCCGUUUUGUUUUCAUCUUAUCUUUUUCUUUGUCUUAUCUAAUGUUUAUCCUUGAUUUUAUGAUGAUUAUUUUGUAUUUGUGUUUAGUAAAUCUAAGAAAAUUUCACACAUGUUUUCUGUUUGUUU